AUGGGUUUACUGUACGGGCCGCUUCAUCUUUCCUCCCCAUUCUUCCGUAAAAAUGAUCUGCUAAUUGACAAUCGGACUGGCAGCGCGCUUGGCACACCACUGGCAUGGCCGGAAGCAAAGGAGAGAGCCGGCCAGCAACUACUCGCCAUAUGGAAGAAGGCCCGGGGAAAGGAACGGGAUGCGCUGCUGUGGGGUGACGAGGUCGAAUAUCUCGUCGUUGCGGUUGACGAUAAGGAGGAAAAAGUACGGCUGUCUCUGUGCCAGGCAGAGAUUCUCAAGGCGCUUGCGCAGGAUGCAGAACUGUCCAAGAGAGCUGCUGUCAACGGAGAUGCUUCAGAAAAGGAGCCUCUGCCGACAUUCCAUCCUGAAUUCGGCCGUUUCAUGCUCGAAGCCACACCGGGGAAACCAUGGGGAAUCGGCUUCAAGGAGCUACUCAAGGUAGAGUCCAACAUGAAAUGGAGGUACGACAGCCCAUCUCGCCUUUGCUUCUAUCGUGAGAUUGAAUCUAACAUUACCAGGCGAGUUACGGCCAAAAAUCACAUGGCUGCAAACGAAUACCCCAUCACACUCACUACAUUCCCCCGCCUAGGGUGCAGUGAUGAUUUUACAUUGCCAUCAUACCCUCUGUCAGGCCCAGCUCUACGCUCGCAGUUCGUUCCUGACGAGAUAGCAAACCCUCACAUCAGGUUCCCGACUCUGGCAGCCAACAUCCGUUCGCGCAGAGGGAGGAAGGUCGAGUUGAACGUGCCAGUGUUCAGAGACACAAAUACCCCAUGGCCUUUCAAGGAUCCUACCGUCAAUUACGACUUGCAUAAAUGGCCAGAAGAUGACGAUGUACGGAACGGAGCUGCAAAGGAAGGUAAUGUGUACAUGGAUGCCAUGGCCUUUGGCAUGGGCAGCUGUUGUCUACAAAUUACUUUCCAAUGCAAAAACAUCACCGAGGGGAGGAAAUUAUACGAUCAACUCAGCCCCCUGGGACCUAUAAUGUUGGCCCUGACCGGGGCAACGCCUAUAUAUAAGGGAUUCCUCGUCGACACCGACGUCAGGUGGAACCAGAUCGGCAAUGCGGUUGAUUGCAGAACGCGAGAGGAGCUAGGAGAAGUUGUCAGUCUUCCUUCCCUUUUACUUACGAUUAACCAUCCCAUACAAUGCAGCAAGACUAACAACCCUAUACAGCCCCUUAAGAACGAUAGAUGGCGCAUCCCGAAAUCGAGAUAUGCGUCAAACUCAACUUAUAUAUCACAAGACCCCCAUCUACGGCCAGAGUACAUGGACCCCGACCUGGUAAUCGACGAAGACAUCAAAAAGAAGCUGAUGGAUGGCGGCAUGGACGAGCUCCUCGCAACCCACUUCGCCCACCUAUUCAUCCGCGACCCCAUCGUCAUUUUCAACGAAGAUCUCCAGGAACUCGACCUUACCAAGACAGACCACUUCGAGAACCUCCAAUCAACCAACUGGCAACACAUCCGCUUCAAACCCCCACCCGCCGACAACGACAUAGGCUGGCGCGUCGAGUUCCGGCCCAUGGAAAUCCAAAUCACCGAUUUCGAAAACGCCGCCUUCAGCAUCUUCAUGGUUCUCAUCACCCGCGCCAUACUUAGCUUUGACCUAAACUUCUACAUUCCCAUACCCCGAACUACUGAGAACAUGGAGACUGCCCACGCACGUAACGCGGUGCUUGACGAGAAGUUUUAUUUCCGCAAGGAUCCCUUCCCGCAUCGGUACCCGAGAUCGCAGCGUCAUCAGCAAUCUCGUCCCUCGUCACCGCCAGGUGGCUCGACACCCUCACCACCGCCCUCAACAACGCCGUCUUCUCCACUCUUACAGCCCAUUGAAUCGGAAUACACCCUCAUGAGUGUCAAUGAUAUCAUCAACGGUUCCCCAGAUGGGUUCCCGGGUCUCAUUCCGCUUGUUGAAUCGUACUUGGACAGCCUCAACGUCGAUGUCGAGACGAGAUGCGCCCUAGCCAAGUAUCUAGACCUUAUCCGUCGUCGUGCAGAUGGUUCUCUUUGGACCAAUGCUAAAUGGAUACGAGAGUUCGUUGCAAAGCAUCCUGAUUAUAAGCAAGAUAGCGUUGUUUCGGCGAAGAUCAGCUAUGAUCUCGUCAAGGCCGUGGAGGAGAUUACGGAAAAAGAAGGCAAGGACGGAAGUAUAGGGUGGGAAAUGUUUACUGCAAAGAAGCAUUAA